AUGUCUGAAGUCCCGGUACUGGAGAAAAUUCUGACCAACUUGUCUGAUUCGUCUGAUGGUCCAGUACAGAAGGCUGACCGUGGAGAAUUACCCGAUGGGCUUGAUGAGCCAAUUACGAAAGUCGAGCUCGUUGACCUUUCUGGCAAGAUUGGCACAUGGAAAUCCAACGCCCUCGUGGUACAUAAUGAAUCUCUUUUCUCCACCGCCGGCAGAUAUGCCAAUUGUGUCGACAAUGACACACAAAGCUCUUCCUCGAGCAGAGCUGCUAGUCGCCCAUUUACUCAACAUUUCCGCAGCGAGCUGCCCGACCUGACUAACUUGGUUCACCUUGCAAGAAACCAACACAGGGAAGUUGUUCACCCCAUUCGGGAACCGCGGCGCCUCCUACUUGCACAGAUGGGUGUAGAUUGCCUCCAAAUGCUUGGCUCGCCGUUCUCAGGCCCUCCUGUCGUCCAAAUCAGAGGACAAACUGUGAUGACGCCACAAAGAGUAGAUUCACAGCGGCGAAUGGCUAAUGUGGAGGCCAGGGGCUUACAAGCCUGGAGUCAUCUGGGACUGUCUGAGGGGAACUCACCAACUCUGCGGCAGGGACGGGCUAUGCAUACCCUACUGGACUCGAGACAGGCCCUUGUUCACAGAUACUCCCAGUCCGCCCCUCCUGAUAUUGCUGUAUAUGCUGAUCUGUACCAUCUCUUUCCAAAAUAA